UUUAAUCUUCCAAGCCAUGGAGUCUUCCACUGCUUUGAUCUUCUCCUUCAUUUCACCAUUUUGGUCCUAUUCCAUGAUCUUCAUAAUCUCUCUCUUCGGUCUCAUCAAAACCCUAGAACACCCUCGCUCUACCCGUUCACUGCUCCGCAGAAACAAACUCCCUCCGGGUCCCAAACCCUGGCCUAUUAUUGGUAAUCUACCCGAAAUGCUUUCCAGCAAGUCUGCGCCCAAAUGGAUACAUGAGCUUAUGAAAAACAUGAACACUGAGAUUGCAUGCAUCAAGUUGGGAAACGUUCAUGUGAUUCCGGUGAUUAACCCUACCAUAGCUUGCGAGUUCUUGAAGAAACAAGAUGAUGUUUUCGCGUCGAGGCCUAUCAGCAUGUCGUCUCGUCUCCUCUCGGGUGGCUAUUUAACGACGAUUCUCGUGCCGUACGGAGAGCAAUGGAAGAAGAUGAAGAAGAUGAUUGCCAGGGACCUGCUUUCUUCGUCGAAGCACAGGUGGCUCCAUGGCAAAAGGAUGGAGGAAGCUGACAACCUCGUGCGCUACGUCUAUACGAGUCAGAAUAACAAUGAAGGAGGUCUUGUGAAUGUCAGGAUUGCUGCUCAGCACUACUGCGGGAAUGUGAUUAGGAAAAUCAUCUUCAAUAAAAGGUACUUCGGAGAGGGCAGAGAGGAUGGGGGGCCAGGGUUGGAGGAAAUAGAGCAUGUGAGUGCACUCUUCACAAUGCUCAAAUACUUGUACGCCUUCUGUGUUUCCGACUUCAUUCCCUGCUUGAGGGGAUUCGACUUGGAUGGGCACGAGAGACUGUUGAAGAAUGCUGAAAGAACAGUGAACAAGUAUCACGAUCCUAUCAUUGAAGCAAGAGUCAAACAGUGGAAGGACGGAACCAGGACUGGAACCGAGGACUUGCUCGAUGUCAUGAUCACUCUCAAGGAUGCUGAUGACAGGCCCCUGUUGACGACGCAGGAAAUCAAAGCGCAAAUUCCAGAACUGAUGUUUGCAACCGUGGACAACCCAUCGAACGCAGUAGAAUGGGCACUCGCAGAAAUGAUGAACCAGCCAGAGAUUCUUCAGAAAGCCACUGAAGAACUUGACCGAGUGGUUGGAAGAGACAGGCUUGUUCAAGAAUCAGACAUACCAAAACUGAACUACAUCAAAGCCUGCUUAAGAGAAGCCUUUCGGCUUCAUCCCAUGGCUCCCUUCAACGUCCCACACGUCUCCAUGCGUGACACAGUCGUUUCCAACUACUUCAUCCCAAAGGGCAGCCACGUGUUACUUAGCAGACAAGAGUUAGGGCGAAACCCUAAGGUGUGGAAGGACCCUCUCAAGUUCAAACCAGAACGGCACGUCAUGGACGAUGGAUCCGAUGUGUUCUUGACGGAGACAGAUUUAGGGUUCAUAACCUUCACCACGGGAAAGCGUGCAUGUCCAGGAGUGGUCCUUGGAACCACUCUUACGGUGAUGUUGCUGGCCAGGUUGAUCCAUGGCUUCACUUGGAAGGCAUCACCUCACCAACCAGUUGAAUUGCUUCAGUCCGAGAACGAUCCCUUUAUGGCUCGACCGCUUGUGGCCAUCGCAAAACCGAGGUUGCCCAAAGAGGUUUACCUCUUGGAUUAAUUUAGCAAGGAUGUAUUAUAAUAAUUAAUAUAUUAGCCAGCAAAUAAUCAGGAGAACAGUCCGCUAAUAAGGCCAAAUAAUUGGGGAUUAUUAGUAUUAAUGCAUGAUUAUUAUGGGAUUUUGCUUUAUAUUUG